GCCGCAGCCCACGGUCGGUCCCACCGUCGGCGCGUGAAAGCCUUCGUAGCUGCAGUCUCACACCUCGUUCCAUGUCGUCGAGGUUCGCGCUUGGGGCUGUGUGGUUGCUUACUGGCGUUUGUGGUAGGGCUGCCGCCUUCGUUGUGUCUCCAGGUCUGCCUGCCGCCCCUGGAAUGCAACCGCAACUGCACCCCACGCAGCGGUGGUCUGGCCCUGGCCCAUCAUCUUCCAGACAGCAAGGACCUAUCCUCCUGGCCAAGGGUUUCGGUGACGACAAGGGCAGGAGCAAGCCGGCGACCAAAAGGAACAAGGACAACAAGAUGGCGAAGAUAAAGACCAAGACCCCCGCCGCUUCUGCACCUUGCCCCUGCUUCUCCGGCAACCCGUACGGGGACUGCUGCAAACCCUUCCACGACGGCGAGAAGAGCGCACAACCCGUACAGGUCAUGAGGGCGCGGUACGCGGCGUACGCAUGUAACAUGCCCCAGUUCAUCAUGAAGACCACACAUCCCGACCACGAAGAUUUUGGGAAGCCAGGCUGGCGAGAUAGUAUCCUCGUCUUUUGCAACAACUACAAAUUCACCGGUUUGGAAGUGGGCCAGCCGGAGGAAGACCAAGACACGCCGGACAAGGUGUAUGUGUACUUCACUGCCAUGAUGGCGGGCGCGAAGGUGGGCGGUGCCGUUAGUUUCGACGAGAGGAGCGUCUUCGUACUGACCGACGACGGAGAGUGGCUCUACAGAGCCCCUGAUGCCAACUACAAGGAGUCUGUCAACGUCAUCAGCAAACGAAAGUACAACGCCGCCGCGAAGACGGACAGGCCCAGCGGGUUCUCUGCACGAUGAGGGAAAUUAAUCCAGGCGUCCCCCUUCUCGUUUGUGAAGCUGUUGUGCUGUUGAGUGCUCCUUGGUUGCAUUUCCCGUUUCAGCGGGUAGAUGCAUGUUGAUGUGACCCCUUCCGCGUUCCGUGGGAACAAAGAGCGCGUGGCGCUACGGUAGCUAGCUUCAAGAGCGGGCUUGUCCACGGUUGCGGAGUAAACUAAUAAACAGGCGGAAGCAAAGCGGUUGUCUGCUAACGAUCAUGGUCUAGAUUUGUGGCCAAACGGCGUGUCUUUAGCCGUUUCCGUCAGAAAGUGAGAGCAGGAGGAAGUGAGCCGUGCGUUGCCACCUAGCGAUGCUGUGGUUUUGGUUUGGGUGUGUCCAUUUGGUGGAAGAUGUCGCACGUUACCGCCGGAACGGCAGGCCGAAGCGCGACCAAGACGGGGCUCGAGGUCUGGGAAUAGCUUACCAGCGCGUCAUUUUCGCAUGUACAACGAAAUUCACAACAAGGACCGAGAUUCGGGAUUUUGCCCAGCAAUUUCACAGGUACAAAACGGGGUC